AAACGCAAGUGUUGCGAAACAGUGGCUUAUAUGUCUUAACAUCCUGCCAAAACAGUGACGGCUGUUAACAAAACUAAGGAAAUAACGCCGACUCGUGCACGUCUCUACACCCAUUUAUAUGAGACGAAGAGAAGGUCUUGAAAAGUGUCUCGAUUCAGAGCCGGACAGAUAUGGACCUGUCUUCACAGCUGGAAUCGAGGCCUCAAAAGGCUGUGGUGAUUUCAUCAGCUGUUGUGCUGAAUAUCAUCUGGUGGAUGGUUAUGAUUGCAGCCAUUUUUUUAGGGGCUACACAUCUGCACAGUUGUCCACUUCAGCCCUGGAUCCCCAUUUACCUGAUAGUGCUGGGAGGGGCCAGCGUCUUCUCUCUGUCUCUGACCUACAGCACGAGGAUCUGGGACGACGGAUGUCCCUGCAUCAUGAGCUAUUGCUGCACAGGCUUCCUGCACUUCUUCACUUUCUGCUGGAUCAUCGCAGGCACCGUCUGGGUUUAUCCUGUGUAUCCUCCCACCUACGUACCUGGAGAUCUGUACUGCCACAAGACGACCUACCUUUUCGCCUUCGUCGUCACCACACUGGUGUGGGCCUUGAUGAGUCUCGUGUUUGUCUGUGGGUGUUGCUGCACUUGUGUGGGAGUUUGUAAGGCUGUGAAAGCCGGACGCAGAUUGAUACCCAACCGCUACUCGUUCUACGGUGCAUUAAGGGAAGAACCGCCAGCUGGUGAUGUGUGAUCAAAAAUCUUUGUUCAUGUCUCCAAAUAUCUAAGGAUUAAGGUUCACAGUGAGUUUGACAGGAGCGCAGCUUUGCCCCAUUUCUGACAGUAUUCUGCUCCUGCUACUGCGGGCUGUUUCCUAUAUAAUUUUUUAGCCAUUUUUAGAAGAUAUACAAGUUAUGAGCAGCUACAAGUAAACUUAAGACUUCUUUUUGCAACCUUCCUGUAAAUGCUUGAGGAAAGUUGCCUUUACUUCAGUGGAGACUUAAAUAACAUUUUGCAACAUUUUUGAUAUCAUCUCUGUUACGACACACAAGGUGCUUUACUUUGGCGGCCCUGUCUCGAUUCAACAUCAGCUACUCUCAAGACUUGCUGAAACAUCACACUGCUUUCACAUGACUGCACUGUCACAUCACAUGCUUCCUGUUGACACCAGAAAAAGUUAUUGUUUGAGCUGAUAGCCGAUGGUUGUAAAAUUAUCUAGCGGCAGCUAAAAUUGAGUCAUUAGAUACAUUUUUAUUGAUUAUUGUAUUUUUCCUUUCUGCAGUGGAAGAACUUUUCUUGAUUGAGAUGGUGUUUAAACAAUGCUUGAAAUGUAAAGUUGAAUGUCGUUUGCAGGAUAAGAAUGUAUGAAAUACUACAUAACUGAUGUAUUGUUAUGAAUCCUGGCUUGCCCGAUUGUCUUGUCACAACCACCAGUAGUUACAUGGUGUGAGACUGAGAUCAAUAAUUGUGUAGAAUAAAGAAAUGUUGGCUGCAA